GUUUAGUCUAGAAACAGAAGAUUGUAAAAUGGACGUGCAGAGCCCCCAAGAAGAAACUAAAAAGAUACUUGUUAAGAAAAGAAAGACAAUGUUAAAUUAUUCCCAGAUCACUUUAAGGUAAAACACUUUUAUUAAUUUAUUUGUCUUUAUUUUUUAAUUAAAUAUCUUAAACCUACAACUAAACAAAGUUACGAUUCUCAGCCAACUCAAAUGCUUUAAAUAAAUACUAAGACUAAGGUACGUCUAUUUGAAGUAUUUGUUCUGAUAGUACAGUGGACUUUGACCCUCUACUCAACCAGCCCACAAAACCCCUGACGCAAAACUGCACUCACAAAUUUGCUCAUUUGUUUAAAUGCCGCAUAAAUAAAUAAUAUUUAUUAAAAUCAAUGAUGAAAUGUAGCAAUUGUAUGUAGUAGAGGUUUGCCUUUGUUGGGCACUUUAAUAAGCUUCUAAUAAACCAAUACUAUAGUCAAUAGUGAAUAUCAAAGACAUUAAUCAUUAGUAAUCCGACAUUGUUAUCUAAUUUAAUAUCGUGUCGGUGGUAUAUUUUAUUUGUUCUUAAUUAAUUUUUAAUGCCCCUUCUACUUCUAGCACCCAUUAGGGCCACUACUGUUAUUAGCUGUUACUUACAAAUUUGCAUUAUUAUAAAUUAAUACGAUAGAUUAGAAGUUUCCAAAAACCAAUUUGGAUCUGAAGUAAAUAAGUAAAGUUAAAGGGUUAGACACUAUGAUGUCCACUCACUGACUGGCUUAAAUUAGGCUUAGCUUAUGGUGUCCAGGGUGAACUUCAGACAUCCCUCACUCACUAAAACCACAAAACAAACGGUAUGAUAAAUGAAAAUGAUACAGAAAACCCACACAUCAAAUGUAAGCCAUAUAAUAUAUAGUAUUGAUAGGGGUAGGUCAUAUGCCUAAAUAAUAAUAUAUGCUUAAAUAAUAUAUAUGCUGUGAGUAUGAGCCAAUAAAGAUAAGAUUCUUUUAUUGAUCCAAAUAAAUGGAAAUAAAAGGAUUUGUACACAAGACAUUUAUAAUAAAUUAUUUCAAACAGCCAUUCCCCCUAAAAGCCCCCCCCCCCCCAAAAAAAAAUAUUUUAAAAUGCCCCAGCCCACUCCUAAAACUUAAAUCAGUGAUUGUACAACAUAAUUAUGAAGUUGAUUAACCAUAUAAUUUCAGUACAUAUAAAUAUACUAUUUUCUUUUGUCUACUAUUUAUGUAUUGCAAUUAUUAGGCUACUAAUUCAUACACAUCAUGUAAAUUGUUCACAGAUAUAUUCAGGAAAAUGCAUCAUUUUGUUUUCUCUGCCUAAAAGUCACAUCCCUCACACUCUUCCUGGUUUAUGUGGCUAUUCCUAUCUUUGUGAGAGCUAAUCAGUGGAUCUUGCCAAAAGUAGUUUUCUUAAAUUUGGGUGAGUAGUCUUCUUUUAAAAGUGACCAUUCAUUUAAAAAGAAAUGUAUUAUGUAGUGCCUUCCACCACACUGAAUCACUAAAAAAAAAAUAUUAAAGUGAUUCUUUUAUUUUGUGAUAUGUUUCAGUUCGAUGGCCUCCAUUUACCAAUCUCUCCAAUCCAAGUGAAUUUGGCCUAAACAACACAAGACAUUUUAACCUUCAUGUUGAAGAGGGUGUUAAAAUUGGAGCUUGGUAAUUUCUUGUUGUAAAUUCAUGCUAAAGCUAAAGAGUUAUCACCUUUGGAAUAUAUGUGGUACAUCCCACUACCAUUAACUUACCUUGCUAUUAAUAUAUUUUUCUGUUAUUAACUUAAAAUGCAUAACUUAGCUCAUUCAAGGUGUUAAUUUAUAUGACGUGUUAAAGGUUUGAAACUAAACUUAAAUUGAAAUUUCUUCAAGUUAAAUAAUGUUUCUUGGAUGAAAAACAUGUAUCAACAGGCACAUUCUCCCCAAAAGUAUGUACAUUGAAAAUGUCAACAUUCCAUGGGAUAAAUUUGAAAAUGAAAUGGACAAUGGGAAAAUGAUUUUCCUAUAUCUUCAUGGAAACAGUGGGACCAGGUUUGUUGAUAGUUUUUUAAUAACCCAUAAUAAAUAUUUUUUCCAUUUGCUUUGAAAAGCCCAUAAUAAUUCAUUCAAAAAGUCACAUAAUGUAGAAAAAAUUACCGGUACACUGGUGUCCUCACUCAAGUUGUUUACAAACUGUGGGCCUACUUUGAAUCUACAGGUGAUGAAUGCCCUAGGCUGUAGGCUUCAUGUCAUAUCCUAUUUAUACUGCAUUACUAAUUACUAACCUCUCUUCCUUUAAGUUUAACAUCUAAUUUAAGAUAUGAAGAAUUUAUAAGACACACAUUUUUUAAAAAAUAAAGUUAAGGUUAGCCAAAAUUAUUGGUGGGAGAUACUAGUUUGGUUAAUUGGGCGACAUUGGUGGUUGUUUAUUAUAUUUAAAUUUAACUAUUGAAGGCUGAUCAACUGCAUACAUUGUGCCCAUAUUAGCAAUGGAAACUAUUUUUGAAAUAUUUUUUUUAAAAUUUGUUAUUUUUGGUUGAAAUUUCUGUUUGGGAAUUUUUUUUUUAAACAGCUUGAUUUGUUUUGUGUUUCUUCUCCUCAACGCGGUUUAAUGCAGUUUCCUUGCAAAGUGAUUUACUGGUUUAGAUAUAUUCCUAUGGAAUCAAAAGAUAGUUGUUGCACCAUGUUAUGACAUCAUGGUUUUCUGUUAUUUUUUCUGCAUUUUUCAGUUUGUUGUCCAGUUAUACCUCAUGCUAAUCUUCAAUACAUGAUUUAGUGCAUACGUUAUUAUAUUAAAAGUGUCAUUGAUUUACAUUUGUGAUUUAUUAUUACUUAAAUUAUAGAGCACAAUCUAGAGAAAUUGUGAUCUAAAAGUCGUCCUUGAUUUUACUUUCUUUUAAAUCAGCAUGAGGAAUAAAUAACUUCACAAAUCAGCUACUUAAUUAACUUCUGCAUUUACCCUUUUCUUUCAAUAUUCAAAGAUUAUAUAUGGAUACAUUCCUUUUUCUCCCCUCACUUUUCUCUUUAUGCCUUAUUAAAUGCAGUCUGCACCCCUAAGAUAAAAAUUGGAUUUUACUUUUGUGUAUGUAUAGUUUGUACUGGUGCAUCACCAUAAUAUUAUUUGUAUCCCAGUAAUGCAAUUUCAUGUUUUAAAAAAUAAAUAUAAUCCAUCUUCCAGAGGAUCACAUCACAGAGUUCAGCUGUACAAUUUAUUGGCUCAACUUGACUUCCAUGUGAUUGCUAUUGAUUACAGAGGUAUGUGGACCUGCCUGUCUUGGCUAAUGGUAUUAUUGAUCAAGUGUCACACAGAGCAAAAUAAAAUGGUAUCACUUAUUGAAACAAAAAAAUUUUAACUUCUAUAUAUUAUAGAAAAAAAUGAACAUAGAAAUAUUUUCAAUCUUUGUAUCUACUUCUACUAUGUUUUCUUAAGAAUUUAUUUAUUGAAAGAGACCUUAACUUGAUUUUAUUGUACAAGUGCAUUUCAUACACCUUACUUAUAGACUCGAUAAUUAUUUUUCUUUCAUGAUCUGCAUUUUUAAAUUUAAGGUUAUGGGGAUUCAUCAGGAGAACCUACAGAGGAUGGAGUUGUAGCUGAUGCUUACUUUACCUACAAAUGGAUCAAAGACAGGGUUGGAGAAUCUAAAGUCUUUAUUUGGGGUCAUUCCUUAGGGACUGGGUAUGUUUUAUCCACCAAGACCUAAGUAUGGGGAUUGUGUUCUUUGUAACAGAUUGGUUUAUUCAAUUGACAGUUUAUUCUUCCAGGAAAUUUUUUUUUCUGGCUUUUUUGGAAUCUAUGCAAUAAAUAUUUUAAAGUUUUGUAUUUAAUAAAAUAAUAUCUUCUUAUGAUAUGCACUGAAAUAAAAUAUUUUCAGUUCUAAAUGUAAAAAUAUAAUUUCUUUAGGGUGACAACAAAAUUGGCCAAGAAACUUUGUGAUGAAGGUAUAAACAUUAUUAUGCUACCUGUAUGUUUAAAAUUUGAAUCAGUUGAACACAUUUUGCAUUAUAUAAAUACUAGCUGGUUAAACAACUCAAGUUGUUAUGAAGAACAAUUUAUAAUCAAAAUUUUUUUUUUGAAUUGAGGCAUGUUUCAAUAUCAUUGCUUUUAUCAAAAGUAUAAUGCAUAUGGUAUAUAUUUACCCAAAAAACUUUAAAAUGCUAUAAAUCUUGAUCAGUUUCAAAUAGUUACACAUCUUUAAUAUAUUUGUUUCUUUAAAGCUGUAUAUUACACUUUUGUAUGUAUUUAUUGGUAUUGGUAUUGAUUCUGUUCAUGGACUUGAAAAAUAAUUAUAGAUAUUCAAUUUUGACAAACAUGCUAUUUUAUAAUAGGAAUAAUAAUGAUAUGGGACAUUCUAAGAGACAUUGCUUGUGCUAUUUUCUCCUCCCCCCCCCCCCCCCCCCCCCGGGGACCACCCAGCAGGAAUAGUGCUUGAGUCACCUUUCAAUAACAUCCACGAAGCAGCUUUACACCACCCAUUAGCUUUGGUAAAACCAUAUUUUUUAUUGAAUGAAGUAAUAUUACUGAAGAUAUAAUUUUUGUUUGAUUUUUCCAUUAAAUUAGUUAACAAUCUGUUCUUGUAAAAAAAAAUUAAUUAAUACAAAUUGAUAAUAAAUAUUUUUUCCACCCUCCAAUUCUUACUUAGCCUUACAGAAUGUUGCCUUGGUUUGAGUGGGUUUUUGUUGAUGGCAUUGGAGAGCAUGGAAUUUAUUUUGAUAGUGAGGAAAAGUAAGGGAUUUUUUAAAAAAUUUAAAAUAAAUUAUUUUUUAACCCUUUUGAAUUAAGGCUGGUGGGAGUUUAUUAUGUUGAAUUUAAUAUGAGGUUAAUACUGUUGAAAAUAUUAUAAUAGUUUAGAGAAAGAAACAAAAAUGUAAAAGUGAAAGGAUUAAAUGACAUUUUAGAGUGGACACCUGAUUUUAACAUCUCAAAUCUAUUUUGAGAAGAAUUUUGACCAAAAAAAUUUCAGUCAUAAAUUUAUUAAACAAUGAAAAUAAAAAUCGACAGCAGUUUUUAAUAAUUCUGUUUCUUUCUUGAAUAAUUUAAAGCUCUUAAAGUUAAAUUAAUUAUUAUUUUAUGAGUAUCUAAUUUUUCACUGCAUCAUUAAUUACAGUAUCUUAUCUGUGACACCUCACAUCAUGAUCCUCCAUGCUAAAGAUGAUAUGGUUGUUCCAUUCCACCUUGGAGAGAAAGUAAGUGCUGUACUGUUUUGCAAAUUUGAUACUUUACUUAUUACAAAUCCGCAUAUGUCAAGUUUAAAUGUGUAAGAGGCUGCAAUAUCUUAAGAGGCUUCUUCAUGUCUUUUGUUACUUAAUAAUUUUGUUUAUUACAUAUUAAAUAAAUUGUAGGCAUUUAAGUUUAUGUACAAAUACAUUUAAUUUGAAUUCAGUUGUACAAAAAAGCUAAAGAUACCAGAAGUGAGAUAAGUGGAAAUGUGGAAUUCAUUUCUUUUGAAGCACAUCAUGGCUAUGGUCAUAAACUUAUCUACAAAUCUCCGGACCUUCCCACCCAUAUCAGGUAGAAAAUCUAUGGAUUUUUUUUUUGGUUCUUAUCCAUAACUUUGACUGUUAUAAAGUCUGGACAAUGCAUUCCAUUUAAUUUUUUAAAAUUUCCAUUAAGCUAUUCUUUUUUAUUUAUAUGGUCAUAAACUUAUCUACAAAUCUCCGGACCUUCCCACCCAUAUCAGGUAGAAAAUCUAUGGAUUUUUUUUUUGGUUCUUAUCCAUAACUUUGACUGUUAUAAAGUCUGGACAAUGCAUUCCAUUUAAUUUUUUAAAAUUUCCAUUAAGCUAUUCUUUUUUAUUUAUAAAAUAAAAUUUACUAGUGUAUCCACUGUAAUUUCCCAUUUUAAAUGAAAAAAGGAAAAAACAUUUUAUUCACACUCAAAAAUUUUGUUUUAAAAGAAUUAGUUAAUUUUAGAAAAAAUUUCUUCAAAUUUUUUUCCCAGGGAGUUUGUUGCUAAAUCAAAAUGAUUGAAAAAUGCUCUGCCUGGAGAUGAUGUUCACUUUCCACAGAACUCUUAUUUACUGCUACAAGGAAUUAUGUCAGUUAUGAAAGCAGCCCAUAUAUAUAUAAAAAAAUUGUUUAAUAAAUUAUAAUUACAUAUUGAAUUUAAAAAAUAAUUAGGAUUCACCAUAAGAAGAAUGUUAAAUUGGCUCUAAUAUAAAUUAUGAAGAUUUUCAAACUUCAAAUGGUGAUUGAAAUAUUUACCAAGUUAAAAAAAGAUCAUCAGAACAAUUUUUAAAUGAGACAUUUUAGGUUUUGAAGUUUUAUUUGAAAAAUAAACUGAAUAAUUACUUUAAUAAUUCUUUGUUGUUAUAAAAUCUUUGACUUAAUUGAACUGAUGUCAAUCAAUCAUCUUUAAACUAAGCCAGUGAGUCCUAUUCUGUUUCUCAUACCAAAUAAAAGUCCACUUUACUUUUGAUCACUGAUGUGUUACCUGUGUAUUUCCUUUUACCAUAUUUCUCUUGAUUUGUUUUAAGUGAAUUUAAUAAUUUUUUUGAGUGUUGACUUUUCUUUAUGGAUUAGAAAUAAUUCAUAAAUUUUUAUAAUAAUUUUUAAAAUUUUACUUUGAAUAUAGAAUCUUUUCUUUUUUUUUUUUUAAAUUUUGUUGAAGAUUCUAUUUGAAGUUGGUAUAUUUCAGUAUUAGACCAAAUGGACAAUAAACAAAUCACUGCAAUAAAGAUCUUAAAAAUUUUUAUGUGUGAUUUAUAUGAAUUUUUGUUUAUAACUGAUCAUAUGUUGGUAUUGGCCAUAAUUUUUGCAGAGCUUGUUUUAUUUAAAUUAUGUUUUGUUUUUAUUAAACUUUGAGAUUUAUACGUCUGUGAAAUAAAUUGCUUAAUUGCACAAUGAUUUUGCUGAAUAAUGUUUUAAAACUUACCAAAAGCGCUCUUUAUCUUAUGAAACUAUUGAAAGUUAAAAACCACAGUGAACAGAUUGUCUGUUUAUGAAAUAUUCAUAGAUGUAAAAUUUAUUAAAUAUUUAUAGUGUACAAUGUCAGAGUGAACAAUUGUGAUUUAUAUUUGUGAUAAUUUAAUUGAACUCCAUGAAAAAUGCAAUUUUUUUGUAAAUCUAUUUUUGUUUUGUUGAUGGCAUGGAAAUUUUAAAGAUUUUAUAAAGAUGUCAAUAUUUACAUGGCAUGUUUGAUCCCAUGUGGAUUUUAUUCAAACAGUGAAAACUUUAAUAUUAAGAAUAAGUGUUUUUUUAUUUACUGUUGUUGGCUACAACAUUGCUUUCCUACUGUCACAUUAAGUAUCACAUAAAUUAAAAAGUGUAAUUUGAAUGAAUGUUUUUAAUAAUUCCCCCACCCCCUCAAAAAAAAACCAUGAAGAUGAUGAAACUUACUUAGCAUUGUGAACUUGUAUUUCUCAGCCCCAUAAUUUUACCUUAGUGCUCUUCUUAUGAUAGUUUUUUUUUCUAAUGGUAUCCAAAAUUUAAACAUUAUGUUAAAUCACUCUUUGUAACGAAUAGUCAACAUAUUGUAUUACUUCUGUGAAUAUUCAAAACUGCAUCUCAUGUUGCUCUAAAAGUUGUUGUUUUUUUUAAACUUAUGACGUCUUAUGAAUGUGAACCUUUCACCGAAACUCAAAUUAACUGUAAAUUAUUACUAUUAGCAGAUCCGAUAAUGUCAUCUUUUAAAGUACUAAACAUUGGCAGUGAAAAGGGAAAGGGGGGUGGGGGGUUUAAACAACUGAUAGCACAAUUUGCACACUCUUUUUCAAUUCAUAACAAUAAAAUUGCACAUUUUAAGUCGCAUCUCGUUAUUGUAUAAUCAGGUUCUACUUCAAGCAACAGAAGUCUCACAUAUUCCAAAAUACAUGUAAUGUGAUCUGUAGUCUAAAGAGUUGCUUAAUAGGCAUUGACAUUCCACUGAGCUUAAUUAAAGCCAUAAUAAUGGAGAAAUAUGUUAUUUUGUGACUCUGGUGAAAAAUUUAUGACAAUAAAAAUUAUUUUUAAAAUGUUGAAUUUUUGUG